UAUUGUCACAUGCAUCAGCUGACAACAAUGACGCUGGUUUGCUGAAUAUGCAGUGAGUGGACCCGGGAUGCCAAAACAUCACUGGCUGGACUUGUUCGUUUUUUGUUAGUUGUUAUGUAUGACAUAAAAACACAAUUUGUCCGUGGCUAUCAUCUAUGAACUGCUUGAUUACUUGAUUAUCAUUUAAGAGGAGACACGAUGGAUCAUGAGACCAGACCACUGUUGGUCAAUGAUGAGCAAACAGAAGAGGGCAGAUCCGAGCAGGACUCAUACCUGGAUAAAGUUAAGAAUGGGAAGUUGUACAUGGCCACAUUCGCAGCAGUUCUAGGACCCCUGAGUUUUGGGUUUGUGCUGGGCUACAGCUCUCCUGCCAUACCUGAACUCUGCAGAAUUCAAGACCCGAGACUGCAGCUCAGCAAAGAUGAGGCUUCCUGGUUUGGGGCUGUGGUGACCGUUGGUGCAGCUCUUGGGGGUCUUCUGGGAGGAUGGAUUGUGGAGAAGAUUGGACGAAAAUUGAGCCUUAUGUUCUGUGCAAUUCCAUUCAUCUUUGGGUUUACCAUUAUUAUUGCUGCUCAGAACCACUGGAUGUUAUAUGUGGGCAGAGUUCUCACUGGUCUGGCCAGUGGAGUGACUUCUCUUGUUGUACCUCUAUACAUCUCUGAAAUGGCUCAUGAGCGUGUUCGGGGAACUUUGGGAUCCUGCGUGCAACUUAUGGUUGUGAUAGGCAUUAUGGGAGCCUAUAUAACAGGUUUGUUCUUGGACUGGCGAUGGUUAGCAAUCACAUCCUCUAUCCCUCCCACACUAAUGCUGGUGUGUAUGUGCUUCAUGCCGGAAACGCCACGGUUCCUGCUCUCCCAAGGGAAAAGAAGAGAGGCAGAGGAGGCCCUGCGCUUCCUCAGGGGUCCUGAUGCCCCUGUAGAGUGGGAGUGUGCUAGGAUAGAAGAGGCCUACAAAAAUGAAGAGCAAAGCUUCAGUCUGGCGGAUCUGAAGGACCCUGGCAUCUAUAAGCCUUUAGGCGUAGGCAUUAUGAUGAUGCUCUUCCAGCAAUUUACUGGCAUUAAUGCCAUCAUGUUUUACGCAGAGACGAUCUUCGAGCAAGCCCAUUUCAAAAGCAGCGAUGUGGCCACUGUUAUUGUUGCAGCCACACAGGUGUUCUUCACUGCAGUUGCUGCUGUUAUCAUGGACAAGGCUGGGCGGAAAGUUCUUCUCAUCUUGUCUGGUGUCACCAUGUGUGUUAGUGAAGCAGUGUUUGGAGUGUAUUUCAAGCUGACUGUGAUGAAGCACAAUAACUCCUCACUGACGAGUUUACUAGGUCCUCUGGCGGAGCAGUCCCCGACAGACCUGACCUGGCUGGCUGUGGGAAGCAUGGGCCUUUUCAUUACCGGUUUUGCUCUUGGUUGGGGUCCUACUCCUUGGCUGGUGAUGUCCGAGAUCUUUCCCACACGAGUGAGGGGAAUGGGCAGUGCUCUGUGUGUGCUUACCAACUGGACCUGUGCCUUCAUUGUCACCAAGACCUUCCAGAACCUCAUGGAUGCCAUAACUAGUGCAGGGACAUUCUGGAUGUUCUCAGGACUGUGCGCUCUCAAUGUCAUAUUCACUGCUCUCUUUGUCCCUGAGACCAAGGGCAAAACGUUGGAGGAGAUUCAAGCCCGUUUUAAAGGGACUCAUCAGCGCUAGACAUCUUUUCUCCUCAGUGCCAACUCCAAAAUAUCGAAGAAACAAACUAGUUGCAUUGGCAUAUUAGAGGCAUCUCAUUACGUUUUCAAAUAAUGUAAAUGUUUACAGAUCAAA